AUGGCUCGCAAUAUCUCUCUUUCAGCAGUUAAGCAGGUCAGCACUAAGGCAGGACAAGGAGUGAUGUUUCGCUGGGUGCUGUUUGCUCUUCUAAUUGGUAUUGUUACCAGUGCUGGAGAAAAGAAAAAGAAGAAAACAUCUCUCUCUCCUUCAAGAGGAUGGGGCAACAAUAUCAGAUGGGUCCAAAGUUAUGAUGAGGGCCUGUCAAAAAUGGCAAAAAGUCAGAAACCGCUGAUGGUCAUUCAUCAUCGAGAAAACUGCCCACACAGUCAAGCACUGAAGAGCGCUUUUGCUGCUGAUAAAACCAUCCAAAACAUGGCCAAAGGGGACUUCAUCAUGCUCAACCUCGUGGAAGAAACUCCAGACCCAAAUUUGGCACCUGAUGGCUACUACGUUCCCCGUAUCCUCUUUGUUGACCCUUCAAUGACUGUGCGGACAGAAAUUGCAGGAAAGUACAGCAACCACCUCUACACCUACGAGCCUGACGACAUGGAACAUUUGGCUGAUAACAUGAAGAGAGCCAAAGUACUGCUGCACAGUGAACUCUAACCUGGCUUUGCAUCUCAGAAACAUACAAAACCAAAACAAAUCAUCAAAAUAAAUUACAGUAUUUGGCUGUUCAAACUUCAAGCUUGUGUGAAUUACAUGAAAUGAAAUUUUAAAAAAUUCAGACCUCAAAUUAAAAAUUCUAAUAUAUUUAAGGCAAUUGUGUAAUUUUCAGCAGUGAUUACUCAGUUUAAGACUUCCUUAAGCCUUUAUUGUUAAUUAACAAUAUAACACCACCUACAAUUAGAAUCAAACCAGAGUCAGAAUCAGAAUCAGAAUCAGAAUCAGAAAUACUUUAAUAAUCCCAGAGGGAAAUUAUUUAAAGUAAAGAUUAGUAUCAGAAGAGAAAACGAUGUAUCCUCAGAGUUUUUCAGCUCUCCAAAACAACUUCAUAAGGCAACUAUCGUACUAAAUAAAAUGCCACAUUUAUGGGGGGUGUUUUUUCAGUUUAAUAACAACAGAUAAUUUAUUUUCAGACUGAGCAGCAGACUAUAAUCAGAUGAAUAGUGGUGUGAUUCAAACACUAGGUGGCAGUAUACCAAAGGAGAAUGGUUUGUUACUUAUUUUGCAGAAAAUAAAUGAAUUCCUAUUUUAUUUGUCUUAUUUUCAAUUUAUUUUUCACAUCAACCAAUGGACCAAUCUUUUAAAAAGAAAUAUAUAUAUAUAAACACUGAAUUAAAAAAAAAUAGUUUAACAUAUUCAACAGUCUCAAAAUGAUUCCCAAAAUGAGUUCCAAUUCUUGAAGCCUGACAGAUGCAAUACUAUCUCAAAUGUGAGAUGACUUUAACAGCUGGACUGCCACUAACAACCCAAACACAGCUUUCUGUUUUCAAAGCUCAGAUAAAUGUACUGCAUUUAAUCAUUUUUGUUCCGCUGUUUGUAAAGAAAAAACUUGGAAUGCUGCAGACAUAAACCCGCACAGACUAAGACAAGCUGAGGUACCAUAAACCUUUACAUUUAGCUUGUUUCUGAAUUGGGUCAAAAACAUUUAUUCCAGAAUAUUGCUUACAUGUACUAAAAGAGCUUUCAAAAGAAAUUAUGAACACCUCUGUGGUAUUUUUCCUCUUUUCUCCACUCCAACUCAGACAUGAGAAGCUUAUUUCAGUUUUUUCCAGUACGUAGUCUUUCACUUUCAAGUCUUAAGAGUUUCAUUAUUUCUCUGACAGUUUUAAAAAAAAUAAUAUUUUUGGAAAUAGGUUUCAGACUUUACAUUCAUUAAUUCACAAAUAAUGUGUUUCUGUGUAGACUUUCAAUCUUGUUUGUGGCAUUACCUUCUCUCGUCUCAGUGUAGUGCUGUCCCUCCGCUCUGUGAUGCAAAUUCUGCUUCUAAAAGCAUUUCCAAAAUGUGUUGUCGUGUUCAAGAAAUAUGGCUAAAGCAUUAUUCAGAUCUAUAUGAGAUUUAAUUUGUUAAUUGUUUGUUAAAAAACCAAGGGAUAAUAUCUGAAUCAAAUACUAUCACCACAAUGGUCUUCCCUAACAUGGAAUGUUUGUCAAAGAUCCCAUGUUAUGUUAUCUCAGUCCUGUCUCUGAACACCUUUAUUUUCCAUAUGAUGUGUAAAUGCUUGCAAGUGUCGACACUGUCAUUACUUCUGAUAAUAUAUUUAUCCUCAACCCCAAAUAUUUUUGUGUUUUUAUAACCACAAGGUUGUUCCAUAAAUACUGCAGUCUCUUUUGAUUACUUUUCUCCAUCCUGUCAGACUGGAAUAAUUUAGUUUUAGAUAAGUUAGUAAAGCAUAUAACAGUGUUGCAAACAUUCUGAUGGUACAUUUUCAAUGAAAAGAAUAUUGUCACAUAAUCAUGUAACCAAACAAAUUAACUUUUUGUUUAUAUUCAUCUAUGGGGAUUUUUGGGGAGUUAUCAGACAUUUUCAAAGCAUCUGGAAGCUGCAUAUCUCAGCGAUCAUUGUUCAAGAGACACAAAUUAGUUUUAAACAAGUGCCGGCAAAUUCUGCACCAGCCUAUUGCUUGCAAAAUAACUUAAAAAAGCACAACGGAAAUCUUAUUGUAGGGAUCAAUGUUGAAGUAAGUCUCAGUCUAUGUUUUUAACUAAUUGCACAUUCUACAACAACAGAUUAGUCCAGGUGUAUCCACAUCACAGAUGAACAAUAAUCUAUAACUAACUACAAGUGCACUACCGAACAAUUAAAACAGCUCUCCUCUGGUGAUUAUUUUGUUUUAUUUUAUUUAUCUAUUAAAUUUGAUCAAAGUUUAUUUUGUCAUUAUUCUUUAUAUAUCUAUUUUCUCUAAUAUGAAAACUUCAAAUAUAUCUAAUUUAAGGUACUU